AUGUCUGAUUCCAUUCAUGUCUAUACAGGGCCAUGGGUCAAUUGGUCCCAUGGUCUCUAUCGCGGUGCCACUCUGACUCUCUCUCAGGAAUAUGCGGGGUUGCUGACGGCCUUUCUGGCCCUCUUUGUCUCCUUUGCGGGGACCAUGAUGUGGAGGAUACUUUGCUUCGUGAUCCACCAAGCCUGCACGACCCGCCCUUCCGAGCGACGAGACUUUUUGCAUCAUACACGCCAGGUGAUUCUGCGGAACAGUAGCUCCGGUGCGGGAGCCGCAUGGACACUUACCUGGUUGGCUUGGACAGUAGGCAGAAAGACGCCCCGAGCUCUCCUACGAAUCGUGCCCCUGCUGUUCCUAGCACUUCUCCUCGUGGCUUCAUUCGGUGUUGCGGGUGUCUUCACGGGAUAUGUCACCAAAGUUCCUGGCAAUACAACUGUUAUUCUUGGUCCUCAUUGCGGCGGCUUUACGUUGAAUGUACAGGCGAAUUCGACGCUACUCAGCCAGUCAGUUGUCUUAUCGAAGUCGUUGGAGGACACAAUCCAAGCCGCGACCUAUGCAGACCAGUGCUAUCAGGGUAGCUUCUCACUGACCUGUGGGACAUAUGCCCGGCAGCGACUGCCUUUUACUACCAACGCCAAUGCCUCGUGUCCGUUCGAACGUGGCCUGUGCAUAGCCAAUGAUCAAUCUGCUUUCGCGAUGGAUACAGGCCUGCUGGAUUCCAAUGAUGAUUUCGGCAUCAAUUCCCGACCUGAUAACCGAGUCAAGUAUCGGCGCCUGACUACAUGUGCCCCCAUCUACGGUUCGUCUUUUGUAAAUACAAGAAAUGACUCCGAUUCCGGUCCCAUCGUCUAUGUCAAUGCUGGCAGCAUCCCGGCACUAGCAGGAGUACAGAACUGGACUUUUUCGCACACCACUCGUGUUGCCCUGGAUGAUGUGGAUGGAUAUACUCUGAAGGCAAUUUAUAGCCAAGCUGAUUCCACCGGGAUCCUUCAUAAUGAAGGUACAAUGUGGUUCCCGGAUCCAUCACUCAAUCGAACCGAUGCAGACCUCACGCUUAUGAUGCUGGCGCAAAACAGCGUUAAUUACGUGACCCCGAGUGACGAUCCCUGGAUGCCAGCACACGUAGACCUCAAUGUGACAUACAUGGGCGACUACUACGUGAAUCUGCUUGGCUGUAUUGAUCAGUACCAAUUCUGUAACCCCAACCUGGCAGGGGAUGCGGGAUGCACCAAGCUCGGGGGCAUACAUUCAGUUGCUCAAGACAUGAUCCUCCGAAAUCAACGGUUGAGUUUCAGUGAGGACCAAGCCACGACCAUAGGGCGUUUCUUGUCUGCGGCGGAUUACCGGUCCAUGUAUUACGCUGUCCAGGGACGAGGUGGCUCAGCACUCAACAUCGCACAGAAAUUAUACAACAACUUCCAGUACUACGUCCCCCGGAAUCAAUGGCAGAUCGAAGUGUCCAACUGGUUCGCCGCGUCUCUCGCCAAAGAACAAGCCUGGGCCGUUGAAUGGGCCACAAGUCCCCAAAACUUCGCAUCUCGCCAGCCGGGGGAGAAGGAGGUAUGGGAAUACAAUCCCGUUUCGACGGUCUCUGGACAGCACCAGUGCCGUAACCAACUCGUGCACAGCAACGGGGAGUACAAAAGCCUAUCAAUCCUCGGCAUGGCUUUGACCCUGGCAGUUGGCGGUCUAAUCAUCGUCACUGGCUUAUUCCUCGACAUAGUGGUGGGUUUUUUCCAGCGUAAGAAAUGGCUGUAUUUGCGGGAGCAGUGGGAGAUGGAAGAGACACUGGCAUUACACAAGGCCGUCUAUCAGAGCAUCGGCUUCUCCCCCGAUGCAAAUGAAGAUCUGCCGCCGAGUUCGGCUCUGCGUGACCGGUUUUCUACUACGGACUAUCAGCGCACGAGCGCGGUAGGAAAGCCCGAGAGUGGACUUCUUACUAAGGAGCAGGACAUUUCGAGCGCAUAUGCAUGA